AUGCCUUUGAAAGAGCGACAAACUGCCGACCUGGCCGUCGGUAAAAAGUCUCACAUUACCAGCGAACCCGGUGACGCGUCAAAAAAGGCCAGCCAGGGCAUGGUGGCCGACCUGUUUCAGCGUCCGGCCCAAAACAAGCUGGGUAAUCGAGCCCGUCAGCCCAACGUCUUGGUCCGUCCCAGAAGAGGCAGCAACUUCAGGGAUUCCCCAGAAGAGUACUCGCAUAGCAGGCAACCGCAGCAGCAAAAACAACAACAGCAAAACUACUCACACUCUCGCGGUCUCUCGUCGUCUGGCGAUUCUGCAGCUUCUUCGUCAAGACGCGGCUCUGCUUCAACUUCGGCCCAGUCACUUAGACGAGGCUCUUCACACACCGACCUCGAGUCCCAGAGGGCCGAACCUACCAAGGGGAAGAGACCCGAGUUGCUAUCUUCUGCGAGCUUCGAGUCUGACCCCACGUCGACGACGCUUUCGGCUUGCGGGAAAAGCCCAUUUAGUGCAUCUGCUUCGCUUCUCCUCGACGACGACUCAAGGGGCGAAACAGAAAGUCUCACGUUCCAAGAAGCCCUGGAAUCUUUGUCGGCAUCCUCGACAAAUUUCCAAGACGAGGCCAAGGACCCUGUGAUAACCCAAAUCAGCACCACCACCAGCCGUGGUGCAUCCGGCCCGGGGACUCGACGUCAUAGCCGCUCACGGGUCUCCGAUAGCUUCAAGCCCUUUGGCCAGUCCGGUCGUGGUUGGCUUUGGCCGCUCUCCAAGAAGCCCAAGCCCCAGGAUCUCACGUUCGCUCAGUGCGUCCAGGUGACCCAGGAGAUCACCAUCGAGAUUCAAACCGAUCCAGACUACCGUCCUCCAAAGUCGGCACAGGCAGGCGGGCAGGACGGGACCCAGGUGCCGAGGAACCCCAACGAAUAUCCCGACUUCCGAACCCACCACGAGCUGUUUGGCGGCGGUCCUCCCUCCCCAACUCAACCCGUGGAAGAGGCCAGGGACAAGUCUAGGUCAGAGCGUCGCGGGCCGGCCUUGUUGGUGAUCGAGUUGACUAUUCUCCCCAUCGCGCUCGUAACCCUCUUGCUGCGUCUCUAUGUCCGUGUUCGCAUCGUCAAAAGCUACGGCUGGGACGACUGGUUCAUGGUUGCCGCGGCUGCUUGCGGCCUCGGCGUGACGCUGUGCACCAUCAUCGCGACUCAAGUAUUCAACUGGAACGCACACAUCUGGGACCUGACGUCGGAGCAGAUGGUCGAAGGUCGCAAGGUCUCGCUGGCCAGCCAGACGCUCUUCACCGCAGCAACUUCUCUGGCCAAGGCGUCCAUCCUACUUUCAUACUUGCGCAUCGCGCCGCAAGAUUCCUGGUUCAGGCGCCUAACAUUUUCUGCAUUGGCUCUGGUAUCAACCAUUGGAUUUGCCGCCAUCAUCCUGUUCUGGACCCAGUGCAUGCCAAUAUCAAGUUAUUGGUUGCUUCAAGACCCCUCCCAGGCCGCCAACUGCGAGGUUGACGAAGGGUUACUGGGCUUUACUCAGGCGCUAUGCAACGUAUGCACGGAUCUGAUCGUCUACGUGCUGCCCAUACCGACACUCGCGGCCCUGUCCCUACCGCUGGGCCAGCGCAUCGCUACCAUCGCGCUCUUCAGCCUGGGUCUGAUAGUCGUGGUCGCUGGAUGUAUGCGUGCUUACUGGAUCUCGUACGUGGUCGUGGUCGACCUGCCCGACUUCACAUGGGAAGGCUACCACUUGUGGAUCUGGACCGCUGUCGAAUGCCAGCUCAGCGUCAUCUGCGGCUGCGUCCCUGUGCUCAAGCCGCUAUUCUUCAUGAUACUUGGUCGCGAGGUUGGUUUUGAGCUGCGGCGGGAAGAUAUAGAUGAUGAUAUCGCAGACUUUGACUUUUGCGACAUUGCAACCACGAGGGACUCCAAGGCCUACACAAUGUACGCGCGAAGCGUACACUCGAGUCACACAAACGCAAGCACCAUCGAGGCACCACCGGCUGCCAGGAACACGAAUCGAUUCAGCUUUGUCUGGGCGAGCUCGGACGGCCUCGCGCGCACCAACGUCGUGGUCGAGACGAGUGACGUUUCUGCUGCCGCCACGGCUGCUAACGACCCCUGA